UCCCAUCCAAUAGUACGCCACCCCCGGACAGCACCCCCCCAGCGCCGGAGAGGCCGGGCAGAGCCGGGAAUGUAACAUGGCGGAGGGAUGCCCAGGAGCGGAGCAUGUAGGACAAUAAGAGGCCGCAGAGCAGGGGGGCAUGCACCGGCCCUACACGUCCACACAGCCCCCCGAGCGUCAUUCAUUCCCUGCCUCCGCUGCAGCACGGCAGCACAAUGUUGAUAGUUGAGAAGACAACGGACUACCCUUCCACGGAGUAUUCUCUAGUGGAAGAUGUCGCCCUUCACUUUACCUGCUUGAUGGACAGACUGAACGAGCAGCGCCUGUUCCAGCCAGACCUCUGCGAUGUGGACAUUGUACUGGUCCAGCAGAAGAGCACCUUCCCUGCUCACAAGGGGGUGCUCGCUGCCUACAGCCAGUUCUUCCACUCACUCUUCACCCAGAACAAGCAGCUGCAAAGGGUGGAACUGUCCCUGGAGGCCUUGACGUCUCGAGGCUUCCAGCAGAUACUCAACUUCAUCUACACCUCUAAGCUAUUAGUCAAUGGCUGCAACGUGCAGGAUGUCUUAAAUGCUGCCGCCGUGUUGCAGAUGAACGAGAUUGUGACGUCAUGUCAGGAGCUGAUCCACAGCAGGUCAUUGAACCUGUCCAUGGCGAACGAUAUCUUGGAUGCAGAGGACAGUAGAACGGACACUGCCGCUGUGAUGCAACCACAGUUUUAUAGGGAAAUAAAGCAGGAGGUUGAUGCGCCUCCAACAAAAAUUUAUGCCCGGGAGGGAAACGAUCCCUACUCUGUUAGAGUAGAGGACAGUGUAAGUAAAGGACAUAAUAUACCCAACGCUGGAUCACCGAAACAGUAUUUUAAAGAUGAGGACAGGAGUGCAGCAAGAAUUUGUAAAUUAGAAGGAGCUGAUUCGGAGGAGGACCUGGAAAGCCAAGAGUCCUACAACCGAGAACAGAUAAUCGUAGAGGUCAACUUAAACAACCAGACAUUAAAUGUCUCCAAAGGGACAGAGGGUAAGGGUUCUUCAGACUCUGUGGCAGUUCUGGACCGAUCAGAUGGGGAUGAUCGAGGCUCAGAAGAAGAUGGGGAUGACGAGAAUGAAGAAGAAGGUGGGAUGGAAGAAGAGGAGGAUUUUCUUGACAUGUUAGAAGACGAGGAAGAGGAGGUCCUGCCGAGCGAAGAGGAAGAUGCAGAAGAACCACAGGAGGAGGAGGAGGAAGAAGAGGAGGAAGAAGAAGAAGAAGAGGAGGAGGAAGAAAAGGACAAUGCUGAAUCAGUGGAGGUGCCCAAAGAUGAGAACUCCCCUGGCGAGGGAAGCAAGUCGCCAAGUGAUAACAAGUCUACCAAGUUGAGGAAAGGCGCAAAAGGAUCACGCAGCCGAGGUGGUGGUGGUGGGAGGAGGCGGAAGAAAGGACAGGAUGGAUUGGGGCAAAAAGCCAAAUUUGAGGAGAAGCAGCACUUCCCAUGUAAGAAGUGCCCUAGAGUGUUCAAUAAUAGGUGGUAUCUGGAGAAGCACAUGAAUGUCACCCACAGCCGCAUGAGGAUAUGUGAUAAAUGCGGCAAGAGGUUCCUUUUGGAGAGCGAGCUGAUGCUUCAUCACCAGACAGACUGUGAAAAGAAUAUACAAUGUUUAACGUGUGGGAAAACCUUUAAGAAGCUCUGGUCUCUUCAUGAACACAAUAAAAUCGUACACGGUUAUGCUGAAAAGAAGUUCUCCUGUGACAUUUGUGAAAAAAAAUUCUACACUAUGGCCCAUGUCCGAAAGCACCUGGUUGCUCACACAAAGGACAUGCCUUUCACGUGUGAAACCUGUGGAAAGUCCUUUAAGCGAAGUAUGUCUCUGAAGGUCCAUUCUCUGCAGCACUCCGGGGAGAAGCCUUUCAAGUGUGAGAACUGCCACGAGCGUUUCCAGUACAAGUAUCAGCUGCGAUCACACAUGAGCAUCCAUAUUGGGCACAAACAAUUCAUGUGCCAGUGGUGCGGCAAAGACUUCAACAUGAAACAGUAUUUUGAUGAACAUAUGAAGACCCAUACCGGUAAGGAAAGAGAGAAACCUUUCAUCUGCGAGAUCUGCGGCAAGAGCUUCACCAGUCGGCCUAACAUGAAGCGUCACCGCCGUACACACACCGGAGAGAAACCAUAUCCCUGCAAUGUGUGCGGCCAGCGCUUCCGUUUCUCCAACAUGCUGAAAGCGCACAGGGAAAAGUGCUUCCAAGGCGGCAAUCCCCCAACUCCCGGCAGUCCCGGAACAGCAGCGAGUCUCUCCGCUUCCUCACAAAGCGGCAAUUCACCAGGUCAAUCAAGCCCAGGCCUCUCCCCCACCUUACCACAGCACCCACUAUCUCUGCCGCUUCUCCACUCCCUCCCACACAGCAUGCCUCCCCCCUCACAUCACCUUCCUCCACCACCUCCUCUAUUCCCUGCUGGCCGCAUAAACUCAAAUACCAACUAGUCCCUCCUAAGACUGGCCUGACCGCCCUGAAGUGCUCCCCCAAGGAACGAAACGCGUUGGGUUCCUGAUCCUUUCGUUUUUCUGCUCUCUACAUUUGUGGCUCAGUCUCCAGUGCAGAUAAAACACAUCAUGUUAUUCUUCAGCUCCCACCCUACUUACGCUUCUCUUGCACAUAACCUGCUCGCAGCAUCGAAAUGGGAAAGUGAGGACUAAGGGCUACAAGCAGUCAUCUUGGUACAGUGCUUUUUUUCUUCUUUUAUAGUACCUAUUAACUUUAAUAUGGUCAUAUGGUCAAUACCUGCUUUUCCUGACUUUUUUGUUUCUUUUGGUCUUUUUCUGUUCUUUAUGUAUGUGAUACAGUAAUCCACGACGCGUUUUGCACCCUGGUUAAGCCAUGUUUAAACUGGCGAUAGACUCGAACCUAGAUAAAAAUUAAAUAAUUCUUCCCCCUGGACUCCUGGAAUUAUCACACAGAUGAGGAAAAAUGUGGUUCUACCGCUCUUGCUCAUGGAAGACUUGAGCAGCCCUUGCAGACAGUCUGUGCGCACUGCAGAAAAAGGCGUACAAUCCUCCUGUGGACACUUGCUAAACAGCCUUGGCUAAUCUCCGCUACAUGACACAAUCGCCCUUCAACUGACGAGAGUAAUGUACAGACCGGAACUGCAGCACCUCCUGGCCUCCCUACUCUCCAUUACUUUGGUUUAAUAAACCAAUCUUUGCACCCCCUCAAAAAACCAAUACAAAACCUCUGUAUUUGACUACCUGUCCUCGUCAUUUCACCUUGGUUGCAAUUAAUUGUAUACCAUUUCCGAUACAAGUUAUGAAGGCGAUGGGAUGUUUUCUGUUACAUCAGCAUGAAUUUAGAUUGUGUUUUUAUCUUUUUGUCUUUUUUUUUUUUUUUCGGCAUAUGCAUUUCAUUUUGCUGUUUUGGGUCUUGAUAAUCCAUUAUAUUUCUGAACUAGGACGUAUCGUGGAAUGACUGCUGGAAGGCAGGAGAAUUGGGCGACACUGCUUUUAAAGGUUGUGCGGCACAGUUAGGAUGUUGAUAGUUGCUGCUGGUCUGCGUCUUAUUAUGAGUAAACUGAACCAGACACCUGCCUACAGUCCUAUAGGCUCCUUUAUGUAACAUGCUUUUAAAAUACUACUAAACUUAAAAUGUAAGUUGCUUUGUAUGCAAGAGCUGCUACGACAGUCUACAAAUACAUAUUCAAACUUUUUUAGGAUGUUGUCAGACUAAAAAUACUUCAGGUUAGUGCUGGGAUCAUGGGGUAGGCAUGUGUGCUACGCAUGUGAAACUUCCUGUUGGUGCCUCACUGCAUGGUAACUAAUGGAUUGAUUGGCUCCCGGACAUUAUGUGCGGGUAUGUUAAUUCACAGAUAAACGUAGCAAUGAUGCUCAAAUCCACUGAUUUUGUAUCGUGUGUCGCAACCCUCAGCCACCUGAGUAAGCCUCAACUUACUCAGACUGCCUCUGCCGAGGACAGGAAAUUUGCGUCCACACAUGCGCUUGGCCUGGCUUCCACACUCUUACAAGACAGGGCCAACAUGUCCCCGCUUUGUGUAACUGCUCCCAUCUCCAACCCCCCCCCCGACCCGCAAACAUUGGAGAUUUAUGUAAACCAUCUGGUUUAUGUACUUCAGUGAACCGGGCCCUUAGUAGAAUGUGUUCAUUUGCACAUAGCAGUAGUAGGCUGCUGGAAGUUGUACUGUUAUAAGUUCUUGACACCUGAUGAAGAUUUAAGGACUUGUGAGUUGCAAUAUUCCAUCUCACCGUUUCCUUUUAGAUCAUUGGCGCAAUGCUUUACCAGUUUCAGACUCUAGACCAGACAUUCCCAACCACGGUCCUCAAGGCACACCAACAGGGCAGGUUUUAGUGAUAUCCAGGCUGCAGCACAGAUGGUUAAAUCAAAAUAACUGAGCUACUAAUUAAGUCACCUGUGCUGAAGCCUGGAUAUCACUAAAACCUGCACUGUUGGUGUGCCUCGAGGACCGUGGUUGGGAAUGCCUGGUGUAGACUCUGCUUCAGAAUUAACCCUGCUGGUCCCAUUUUAUAAUAUUUAAUCACAAAUGAUAUUAGCAAUUGACAGUUCGUUCCCUUUUCUGUUGGCUUGUGGGGAGAAAUUUAAACCUAUAUUAAUGUUUCCAAACUGUGGGGUCUAUUUAUCAACAAGUGAUAAAACGUGUUUUGAUUGAUCAAACUUGUUGCGUAUGAUAAAUGGUGCCCCAGCUAAAUUUAAACAAUGACGGGAGCUGAUUGGCUGGAGCACCAUUCAUCAUACGCAAUGACUUUUCUCAUUCACCACAAGUUUUAUCACUUGUGGAUAAAUGGUCCUUUGUUUGUGUGUGCGCUGGUGGCUUCAGCUUACCUGUUUUUAGAUAAUUGUGAAAAUAUAGAGGGGGAGAUGCAUCAAACCUAUCAGCGCCUAACUGUCAUUAUUCAAGCACAGCCUGUAAAAUGACAGAAGCUGAUUGGCUAAUACUCUCUCCAUUUUAUCUCUCUCAAAAGUUUGAUAGAGCUCCCCAGAGUGUCUGUAUUCCACUCCUUAAUCACGAAACAGGUGCGGGAUCCGUUCACUUUGUUACAACAAUGUUGUACCUCUCGGCAAACCAUAAUAAAAUUAAUAACGAUGCAAUUUCAGCUUUCCAGGUAAAAGAUGAAAUGGACUGGACAUGUUCUUCGACAUAAAACGCACAGAACUGUUACUUCCAUUUUAAAAUGUCAACCCCCAAGUUUUGUGGUCCUAGAGGCGGCUUUCUGCCUGUGAAUAUAAAAUAAAUAAAUAUAUAUAUAUAUAUAUAUAUAUAUAUAUAUUCUCUGUAUUGGAAAGUCUGGUAUCCAAAAUAUUCCACAAUCCACAAAGCAUGACAUAGAUAAUGACCGCUUUUGAUUUCUGCCAGUUCAGUGUACAUAAAGUUUGUUUUAUGCACAAUAUUGUUAAAAAUAUUGUAUACAAUGACAUCCAGGUUGUGUGUAUAUGAAACAUACAUGCGUUGUGUGUUUAGACUUGGGCCCCAUCCCCAAGAUAUCUCACUAUAGUGUGGAAAUAUUCCUAAUUACAGAAAAAUCCAAAAGCAUUUCACAUAUGGCAGUCAACCUGUAUGACGUAGGGGGUGGGGUAGGAAACCGCUUAAAUCUUUGCCAUGGAGCCAGGCCACAGGAAUCACCAUAGUGCAUUUGUCACGUGUCACUUUAGAAAAGAGUGUGGAAAGUUCCUGGUUAGUUGUCACUGGUGCACUACGAACGCUGUCUGUUAACGGAGACGCUUCAUCCAAAUAAGCUUAAGUGACAUUAUGUGCACAUUGAAAUAUAAGUAAUGAGCUUGUUUAACUUAUUUAUUGAGAAUUUUGGGUUUGGUUUGUCUGUAUGUGGAGGCAAACUAUUGCAGUCACUGGAGAAGUUUUGAUUAUGGCCUGUAGCUCCAUCUACUGGUGAGCUGUUGGUACUGCACAGCAACAAACAGGGCUUCUGGAUAAUCGGAGCACAGGAUUCUAUCACAUGCAGAUACUGUAAUUUAAACAAAACUGCAUCCUGCUGCUUUUAAGAAAUAUGCUCCAGUCUUUCACAUGAAGUAGUCACUUAUUUAUAAGAUUUUUACCCUCUGCAGUUUUAAAGCUUGCUUCCCAACCUUUCCCAAUUCUCCACCUUCCCUCUGAAGCGACACUAACUAAAAAUGUGAAAUAAUCUGGGUCAGCGAAGUGUAGUUCUCUUGUUUUCUUAAUAAAAAUCACCACAGGACACUAAUCUAUAUUAAGAAUACACCCCCCUUAACUCAGACAAAAGAGGAGACCAUUCAUAAGUUUACAUUAUUCAGCCAAAUUAGACUUUCAACACCUUUUGAAGCCAGAUGGACUUUAUGAUCAUGGUGUACCCCUCUGCAUUUAGCUGCGAACUCUUGGAGAGUUCUCGUCUCUGUUGCACUAUUUGUAUAUGGAUGACCCAAAAGUGUGUGAUUUUUUUUUUUUUAAUUCCAACCUAUAAUUAUGGAUUUUAAAAGCGGGAACACUGGCGUUUCCGAUGUAAAUAUCAUCAGUUCAUCUGUAUCCAGGAUGGUGCCACAGCUUACCAGCUCUGCAAUCCUCUCCCUCUGUCCUGUCAAAUGACAUCACCUGUCUUCUGGCCUCCAGCGUAAAAGUCUGAAGAUCUUGGACGUUGCAAGAACAGAGGUUUCAUCAUUCAACCAUUGGAAUGGACCAUAUAUGUUCAGCUGGGAAAGGACUGUUCAAAUGGGGACUGCCAUCUUGUGUUGUCAAGGACUAAAGAACAGUAGCAAUCAUGUACCAGGCCAACUUCUGAGGUGGUUAAACCCUGUUUAGCUUAACUGUGCCUUUCCCAGUUCACGCCACUUUGGGAGGGCAUAAUGUUUCCAUAACCCAAAUAUCUCUCUACACCCAUGGCAGUUCAGAACUUUGUCACCAUCCUCGUGCAAACCUUUUUUGGAAGCUGGCCCCAGGACACUUGGCGUAACUGAAUGCAAAGCAUUCUGGGAGUUUGGAAGGUGUGCACAGUGGCGCCAUGUUUUAGCCUCUCUAGAUAACUCUCAACAACACUAGAUAUUGUUGGAAAGAGACAUUUUGUCAAUAUUUCCCUAAUGUAUGAAAAAACAUUUUUUCACUAUAUCGUUCGCUUACAUUUACAGCUUUUUGCUGUCUCACUGUAUUAUUGGACGUUAACGGUUUUCAUGUCCUUUUUAGUGCUUUCAAGUGGAAAGACGUUAAUUAGAGGAGGUAGGAGGUCAGCAAUGUAGUUGUAGAAAUUGUUAGUGAGCAACUAUUGUCCAGAGCACAAUUUAGACAGAUGUGUUUGUGGGGAUGAUGAAAUCUAAACCACUUGCCUAUUGCCGAUCUGAAAAAACGACAAAAUGUUCUUUCCUUUUUAAAUAGCUAUAAAAUAUCUUGACAAAAAUAAAAACUACAUUUGAA